UCAGAGCGAGACAAUCGUGACACUGCGUUUCGCCCCUGCACUCCAAAUCUGCGAAGCUGCAGCCUCUCGCGCUUCACUUCUUCGUUCUUAACGCACAGACGCUGUUGGAUUCAUGGAUGUACGCUGAACCGCUGUUUCCGUUAUUAACGUUAUCGGUCCGUGUUAUUUUCCUGCAGCUUUUCUUUAACAAUGUCUCUGUGAGGAACGGCAGCUUUCUGACAGAGGUCACUCCAAAGGUCUCGAGAAGGAAGUAAAGGCGUGCUUCAGCUGCUGGACUUUGGCAGGACGGACAGGGACUAUGUUCUCAUCAGCAGGGAAGCGCGGUUUCACUAUUGAGUCUUUGGUAGCGAAGGAGAGCCCAUUAACAGGGGAAGACCCUAUCCGCCCCACAGCGCUAAGCUACACAGCCCCCACAGACACUUUUCUGAACGCUUAUCCAAGCCCAGCAGGUCGCGCGCUUUAUCCAAACCCCGAGCUCGUUUUCCCGGAGUCCGUGCAGCACGCGCCCAUCGGCGUGCACCCGCACCAGCUCGGCGGCGCGCACCUCCAGCACCCGCACUUCUUCAGCACGCAACACCGCGAGCCUCUCAAUUUCUACCCAUGGGUCUUGCGAAACCGAUUUUUUGGGCAUCGGUUUCAAGGUAAAAGUCGAGGAUCAAGACAAGUUGCGUCAGGGAACGACGUCUCACAUGACUCGUUGUUGCUUCACGGCCCUUUCGCUCGGAAGCCCAAGCGGAUCCGGACAGCCUUUUCCCCCUCACAGCUCCUGCGCCUCGAGCGAGCCUUCGACAAGAACCACUAUGUAGUGGGAGCAGAACGGAAACAGCUCGCGAACAGUCUCAGCCUGUCCGAGACACAGGUGAAAGUGUGGUUUCAGAACCGCAGGACCAAGUACAAACGUCAGAAGCUAGAAGAAGAGGGACCAGAGAGUUCACAAAAGAAGAAGGGUAAUCACCACAUCAACCGGUGGAGAAUUGCCACCAAACAAGCUGGAUCUGAAGAUAUAGAUGUCACAUCUGAUGCCUAGAAUCCGUUUGUACAGGGCCUAAACUCACACACCAGGCCAUGAAAAGAUCUAUUUAUUUAUGUUUUAAGGAAUGACUGUGUAUGAGUCUAAACUUGGUUUCUGCUGCUGCUGUGUAUGUGUGUAUGUGUGUGUGUGUGUGUGUGUGAGAGAGAGAGAGAGAGAGAGAGAGAGUCUGUCAGCAUGUAGAUUUAAUUCUUUCUUUUUCUCUCUUUGUAAAUGUAAAAAAGUAAAACAUGUAAAAAAAAAAAGUAUGAUUUUCCUCUCUUUCUCCACAAUACUGUUAUCAGAAGACUACCACUAAAGAUAAUUUCAUUUUCUAACAUGACACAUCUGUCAUUCCAGUGCAUUUAACCUACUAAUGUCAAUUACUACCUUUGUACUUACAAGAACACUCUUUAAUGAUGGUUACAGAGAUUAAACCUACUUAAAACAUAAAAUUAUAUUGUAUCUGUAUUUAAGAGAGCAGUGCACUCAAUUUUCAUUAGAGACUUCCAUUCCUGCUGCCAUUAGAUUUGUUUUCAUAUUUUUAUUAAGGUUUUCCGGUAGCAUUUGACAGUGACGGCAAAACAAACAAAAUAUGAUGCAAGGAAUCAUUUUACAGGCCAGUUUAGACAUGACCUACCCUCAGUGUAAGAGUAAGGAGCUUGAUGUGUGUGUGUGUGUGUGUCUGAUGAUCUGAAUGUUCAGUUCAGUUCAUGGUAAUGCAGGCUGUUGGAUGCAGGUUACAGUUUGGCAGCUCCUGAAUAUUUCUGUGAUUCAUACAGGAAACUACUGAAUAUUUGCCAAUGUCACAUUAAUAUACAGUACAUUUAAAAUAUAAUUUUUUCCCCCAGUAAGGGACCAUAAUAAUAAAUAUGUUUUAGAGACAA